UGAUCGUCACAAUCUUGCUGCGACUCCUCUGUAAGACUCUUCAUAUUGAUCGUCGCCCGCCUUUCGACAGGAAAUCCUCUUUCACUUGCUCAACCAUCUCGCCAAGGGAGGAGUAGACGGUCUCUUACCGUCUCGCCCGUUAAUCUCAUUCCCCUAGGUCACCGACCGUCCAGGAUUACCGCCCACCUCCCUGCCGUUCGGCCAGGCCCAUUUAGCAAACAUGUCAAGGUAUCGCGGCGAUCCUCGCUAUUCCGAAGGAAAUCUCCCUUAUCGCGAUCCUGCUCCUCAGAGAUGGGAUACCGAGCGCUUUGUUCGUGAACGAGAAGUGCGUGCCCCGGCUCCACCGGUCAUUGACCAACGCCCUCCAUACGCCGAUUACCCACCCCGCCGUGCUCCCGUCUACGAGGACCAGAGAUACUAUGAAGAAGACCGAUAUGGCCCUCGCGGUGCUAGCGAACGCAAAUAUUUUGAGGAAACCGACUACUACGAUCCGCGAGCGCAACGAGGUCAGGUAGUCCCAUACGCCCCUGAGAGACCACCCAGACCGGAUCCCAUCCCACGACCGGGUAUCAUCCGCCGCCAGUCCAGUUUGGACACAUUUGACCGCCGGCCAGCCAGACGCUUUGACGACUACGACGACGGCCAUCGUCCUCCACGGGGACUUCCUCCCCGUGAAUUGAUUCCCGUCCGGCCGCCUUCGCCUAGACGGUAUCCUCGAUAUGACGAAAAGUUUUACGAGGAUAUCCGUGUACAAGACCCUGAUUACUACGGUGAUGAUGGUUUCAGAGAGUACCGUGAGCGCGAAUGGGUCAAGCGAAGAAGCAGGAACAGCAGCCCUUCCCCUGAACGCCGUACAGUGAGGGAAGAAGAAAUUAUUGAAGAGCGCAGGGAAGAGAUCAUCGAGGAGAAGCCAUACCCACGACGAGGGAAGACGCGUAUGCCAAAAAGACUGGUUCAUACUAAAGUGCUUUUUGAUUUGGGCUAUCCGUACUAUGAAGAGGAUGAGCGAACCAUCAUCAUUGAAAAGGCGUUGGGUCCAGACAACAUCGAUGAGAUCUUCACUAAGAGCAAGGAAUAUCGCGAGAGAGAAGUGACAACAACUCGCCUCAUCGAAGCUCCGCCGACUGUGGCCCCUAGCAUUCGCGCGCCUAGCGUGCAUGGAGGUGAAAUCAUAAUUGAGAAGACGGAGAAAAGAGAGGAGAUCAAGACUAUGCCACUUGCAGAAGCACCCCGCUCUGUGCGCGAUUGGGAUGGCCUCUCAGUUCGAUCUCCGUCUCCAAAAUCUCAUCGAUCUCGGUCUCGAAGACGCUCGCGCCGUGGAUCUUCUCCUGAAGUCUUCAAGGAGACCGUUGUGGAAAAGAAAGAAGUGAUCAAGGAAGUCUCCCCAGCACGAACACACCGAUCUCACACCACGCACCGCCGAGGAUCGUCUGUCAGCGAUGAAACCAUUAUCGAGCGAAGAAUCACUCGAGAAGAAGUCGAAGAUUCAAACUCGGUUCACGUGGGCCCCCUCGCACUGGUGGUCGAUCGCAAGCCACACCGCAGUGAGCGGGAUAUCAAGGAAGAAAUCCGCAGAUUGGAAGCUGAAAGGCGAGAAUUGAGGCGCGAGAGACGGUACGAGCGCGAAGGUGGGGAGAUCAUCAAGAUUGAGCGGACGCGUGACAGAUCUCCAUCACCUCGGGGAGAAGUCAUCAUUGAGAGAAGGGGCGACGAGGUUCUCGAAGUCAAGAAGGAUCGGAGAGGUAGGAUGUCGUUAAUCGUCAAAUGAACAAGUUUCCUUGAUUGACCGGCGUUGGACAGGUCGCUCACGCUCGGCUGCCCCCAGCCCGGCAAUCAUCAAGGCCAUGAUGGCCACUCUGACCUGAGUGAUCUUCCAGGAAGCACACACAAUAGGUGCUGGGCCAGGGGCUUCCAGGGGGACUUCAGGCGCGGAUGAGAUAUCAAUUGCCAAUCUGCGCCAAUCUUUCUGCUCGGCUGAGAUUGAUCUACCUGCGACAAAGUUUCGAAGAUAGUCUGCUAAACUUGGACAAGACAUACGGAAUGGACUCCGACGAUUUUGAGAAGACAGUUCGCACGAUUAAGCAUGUUUGACGAAUUUCGUAUGUGGACUUGCUAGGCUGUGGAUGGUGAAUUCAACUUCUGGAAUUUGGAUAGAUACGAGUCGGGUGAUGAUUUACCUUCAAUCUUUCAUGAGAAAUAAAAUCCCCAUGUUGAAUGCUUCUGGGGGCCGGACGGUCUUGAGCACUAUAGUGAUAUCCC